AGCAUGACAGAGCUUCACGAAGCUGCAGCCUUGGGGGAUUAUGACCAAGUGGAGGAGAUUUUGAAGAAAGGGCACUGCGAUCCAAACUGCAAAGAUGUCGACUGGAAUGACAAGACCCCUCUGCACUGGGCUGCUGCGAUAGGGCAAUCGGAGAUGGUUAGGCUGCUUGUGCGUCACGGGGCUCGGCUGUGCUUGAGAAGCGACGUGGGUUGGACGGCGGCUCACUUUGCGGCYGAGGCCRGGCGCCUGGCUGUGCUGAGGACCCUUCACGCCCUGCACGCCCCUAUGGAUGCGGCUGAUCUCUUCGGUGAUACCCCCAAGCGGCUUGCAGAAAUCUACGGGCACAAGGACUGCUUCAGGUUCUUAGAAAU